AUGGGUGGCGGGUCCCUGUGGAGGAGAAAGACCCUGGGUUUUGAAUGGGGCAGGAGCUAUUACGGCGGUGGUGAUCGUGCGUCGGAUUGGUGGGACGAGAUCGACGAGUCCGAGCAAUGGCAGAAGGGGAUUUAUUAUUUCUUGUGUGGAUCGUACGCGUUGAUCUCUUUCGUUGCCUUGGUGCAACUGUGCCGCAUUCAAUUAAGAGUACCCGAAUUCGGCUGGACAACGCAAAAGAUUUUUCAUCUGAUGAAUUUCGUCGUGAACGGAGUGAGGGCUUUCAUGUUCGGCAUCUACAAGAGCGUGUUUCUGCUCAGGCCCAAGACGCUCGAAAUAAUGCUUCUCGAUCUUCCCGGACUAUUAUUUUUCUCUACGUACACAUUACUAGUCUUGUUCUGGGCUGAGAUAUAUCUGCAGGCUCGAAGUCUUCCUAUCGAUAAGCUUAGGCCGACAUAUUAUGCAAUCAAUGGACUAAUAUACUUCACACAGGUGUGCAUCUGGAUCGGUCUAAAAUUAAGCCGAACUCAUACGGCGAUCAUGAUUUCAAGACUCUUUUUGUCAGCUGUCUCGUUUUGUGCUGCACUUGGGUUUCUGAUAUAUGGAGGCAGGUUGUUCGUCAUGUUGAGGCGCUUUCCUAUUGAAUCGAGAGGCCGACAGAAGAAGCUAUACGAGGUGGGCUUCGUCACGGCAACUUGCUGCACUUGCUUCUUGAUAAGAUGUCUAGUGGUCUCGAUUUCGGCCUUCGACGACAAUGCAGACGUCGACGUCUUGGAUCAUCCAAUUCUAAAUCUAGUCUAUUACACGCUGGUGGAGAUCGUGCCCUCGGCCUUGGUUCUCUACGUCCUGCGGAAACUGCCGCCCAGGCGCAUAUCCGAUCGAUAUAAUCCGAUUGGAUGAGAGGCUUCAAUGGC